AUGUCAGAUUCAGACCUUCGGGUUCGUAAAUGCCAGUAUCCUCCUCAUAAAAAUCAGAGACGUAAAGUUGAGAGAGAGGUAAACCUGAAGAUGGCAGAAGAAAUCAAAGUUGGUGGCGUCUUCCUGGUGGCGAGGUGACUGUAAGCCUAAUAGAAAGCGUACUGUAAUUGCUAUCUUAGAGUCGGCAAUGAAUAAGUAAGAAGGGCAAGAAGAGCGCUUACCUGAACAUCAGUUUUCCUACCCGGUGAUUUGUGACUGAGAUGAACUUUAUAUCAUAUGAUUGCUAGGGAUACGCAGAUACUGCAGAGGCGCUCACAUAAAUAGAGGUGGGCGAUCCUCCCUCUAACUUUAGAACUGCGACAAGUUUAUAG